GUGUUAGGUGACAUGGCAACUUUUUGGAGAGCCUACCAGAGAUUGAUGGUCCAGCACCCCUGGAAGGUGCAAAUCAUCACAGCUGGGACCCUCAUGGGUGCUGGAGAUGUGAUUUCACAGCAGAUGAUUGAAAGAAGAGGGCUGUCUGGGCACAGUGGCUGGCGGACCCUAAAAAUGAUGAGCAUUGGAUUUUGCUUUGUGGGCCCAGUCAUUGGAAAAUGGUACCAAGUCCUGGAUCGUCUAGUGCUCGGCAAAACCAGAGUGGCUGCACUCCAGAAGAUGCUGCUGGAUCAGGUUGGAUUUGCACCCUGCUUCCUGGCCUGUUUUCUGACUGUGGCGGGAACACUCAAUGGCCUAUCCUUGAAAGAGAACUGGAGCAAGCUCAAGAAGGACUACCCUGAUGCCCUGAUCACCAACUACUAUAUUUGGCCAGCAGUGCAGGUUGCCAACUUCUACUUCAUCCCCUUGAACUACAGACUUCCUGUGGUUCAGUGUGUUGCCAUUAUCUGGAACAGUUAUCUUUCCUGGAAAGCCAAUAAACUAUAAUCUGGCAUGGGAAGACAUGAGAACUAUGCUUAAUCCUAUUAGAACACCUGCAGAUUUUCUUUACUCGCUGUUCUUCAUGCAUUACAAACAGAUGAACAACCCAGGAUGCAUACCAUAUACCAGCCACCAGCCCAAUCAGCCAGCAUAUGCAACUGCACAAAGAUAUAUUCGUGAAAAAGCCCCAAGUGUUCCCUGAAAAGGAGAAUUGGACAAAAUAAACCUCUGCUCUGCAUACUCUAUUAGCAGUUAAAGAAUCAGACCAGCUAUCACAGCUGCCCGAAGAAACGGAAGAUAUACUGUGUUUUGGAACACAGGAAAUGCUGCAAUCAUCUAGGUACUUGACUAUAGGGUGUUUGGAAGGGCCUUGUAGGAAAACUACUAAUUUCUCUGAGCUGUGAUUACUAUUCUCUAGGAAUGUAAAAAGCUCUUUUACACCUGCAGGCCAGGAUACACUUGGCUC